GUUGAAGUUGAUUCAGUUAAAAGAAAAGUAUCAAAAGAAAAUGAAUCAAAUAAUAUAGCUAUUUCUGAAGAGGAUCAUCAGGAAUUGGAACCAGAUUUAAUGUUGACUUCUUUUAGAGAAAAACCAGAAUGUUGGGAUGACAAACAAUUAAAAUAUUUCACAGAUGAGUACCCUUGGCUUUAUUUUAAAGAGACUAAAUUAGGUUGUCUUAUUUGUAAAAAAGUAAAUUUUAAUUUAACAACAUGUCAUGGGGCACAUUCUUCUAAAGAAUGGAUAAAUGGUGAGGUGGGCGCUGUAGGAACUGAUGAUAGUAAAAUGAAAGCCAAUUUAAGAAAAAAAAUAUGUAAGCAUAAAAACUCACAAGCUCAUUUAAAAGCCCAACAAAUUAUUGAUAAGGGUUCAUGUGAAGUUUUACCUGGACAAUUUUCCAAACUUUCAAGUUUAGAACAUGAAACUACUAGAAAAGUUUUCAGAACUGCUUACUUUAUAKCAAAAAAUCAACGACCAUACACAGAUUUGCCUAAACUUGUGGAUUUACAAACCGUUAACAGUCUAAAUAUGGGUAGAAUUCUUCAUACUGAUAAAUCUUGUAACAGUAUAAUUGAACAUAUUUCAGUAGAAAUUAGGAUUAAGAUUUGCAAUGAUAUCAUUGAAAAUCAAAGAAAAUUUUGCAUUAUUGUUGAUGAAUCCACAACAUUAAGUCAAAAAACAAUGUUGGUUAUUUGCCUAAGAACUGUAGUUGGACCAAAUAAUGAAGUCAUAACUUUUUUUUUUGAUAUCAUUGAACUAACAAACACAUCUGCCGAUUCAAUCAAAAACGCUAUACUAACAAAUCUUUCAUCUCAUGGACUCAACAAUAAUUUUCUAAAGUUAAAUCUCAUUGCAUUUGUGAGUGAUGGCGCGUCAUCAAUGUUGGGUCGAAUUGCUGGUGUUGGAGCUCAAUUAAAAAAAAUGUACCCGAAUAUAGUUAUUUGGCAUUGUUGUAAUCAUAGGUUASAACUCGCUGUAUGUGAUACCUUAAAAGAAGUUAGUGGUAUUAAUAAUUUUCAACUGUUCAUUGAAAAAUUGUAUGCUCUGUAUCACCAAUCGCCAAAAAACAUGAAUGAGCUUCAUAUGUGUGCUGUAUCUUUGGAACAUAACUUACAACGUAUCGGGAAAAUUUUUACAAUACGAUGGGUUGCAUCAAGUGAAAGGACAAUAAAAGCUGUAUGGAACAACUUUCCAGCACUAUACCAACACUUCACAACUGCUGCCAAUGAUGGUUUAAGAACUUCAAAAGAAAAGUCAAAAUACUUGGGACUUAAAAGACAUUUGGCGUCAAUAGAAUUUGUCACCAAUCUUGGUAUAAUGUAUGACGCCUUAUGUGAAUUAGCUGACUUGUCUACAUCACUCCAAAAUAGAAGUCAUACAUUGACUCAAGCAAAUUGUUGUAUUCAACGUAUAAUAAUGGUUUUCGACUCAAUGGCUGAAAAUUAUGGUCCUAAAACAAAAGAAGCUAUUGAUUCAUGUGAAAAACAAUUAUUUAAAGACAUUCCACUCAUUACUAACAAAGCUAUACCAAAGAUAAAUCCAUUGCAGUUUUUUAGAAGUCUAUCUAAUAACUUACGAAGUAGAUUGUUCACAACACAAUCAUCAAACGUAUCUAUGCAAGGUAAUGAGUUUAAAAAUAUAUACACUCAAUUACUUAAUGACUUAGAUGUAUUGGACCCAAAAAAUUGGCCAGAUCAAUUUGAUAUACAGUAUGGCGACUCUGCAGUAAGAAGAUUAGCCAAUGUGUUUCAAGUUGAUGAAAGAUCUGCGAUAAAUGGAUUUCGGGAGUUUAAAGAUCUCAAGGAUAGUUCAACAGUUUUAGAUUUAAGACCAUUAUUAACUGCAAUUAAAACUGUAGCAAUAUCAUCCAGUGAAUGCGAAAGAGCUUUCAGUUCAAUGAACAAUAUAGUUACUACUAAAAGAAAUGCUUUGAACCCGACAAGUAUUUCUUCUCUCAUGUUGAUUAAUUGUGUAGGGCCACCAGUGCACAUGUUUGUACCUGAGCCUUAUGUUGCAUCAUGGAUACAGAAAGGCAAACGAUGUGCUGAUGAAGUUAACUGCCCUAAACCACAAAAUAUUGAAGUGAACCAUUCAUAUGUAGAGCUAUGGAAUAUAUUAAAAAUUUAA